UUACCGCAGUGCCGGGGGGGGCAGAUUUUGGGUCUCUGUGGAAGGUGAGGAUCCCCCCAUGGAGGACGGUCCACGACUGACUCCAGUUCUUCCUGUGGACAACAACAAAUCCACAACAAGACAACGUGAAGAGACUCCCAGAAUAAUUUCAGGAAUGACUUCUGGAAUAACUUCUGGAAUAACAUCUGGAAUGACAUCUGGAAUAACGUCUGGAAUAACAACUGGAAUAACAUCUAGAUUAACAUCUGGAAUACACUGCAGCCUCACCUGAUCUUCUUGCCGUUAUCGACUACUUUGGUCUUAUUCAUGAUCCCUGCUUUCUCCAGCAGAUGGCACUGUGGACACAGAGACAGGCUGCAGUAUUUCUGCUGAGUCGUGGUGAGCCAGCAGCUCGUUCUGCAGCCUGAGAGUCCGGCAGAGGAGACCACAGCUCCCACAAUCCCGCGCUGCAGCCCGGACCGUCUGCUGUCCUGCAGCAAACCCCGUGGAACUGUGGGAGACGUAGUCCUGUCUGACCGGCUGCUUGAAGCAGAGAGAGACAUGACAUCCUUCACAGAGAGACAAAGAAACUGCUGAGUCAUGUCUGCUAGCCUGGAUGAGACAGACUGCGUGUUUGUGUGUGUUGGUGUUUCAGACCUGAACGAGGUCCCAGAGACGGAGCUGCUGGAUAACAGCAUCCAGAAGGGCCGUGCCCAGCUGUCCGUCAAAGCCCGGCGGCAGAGACCCUCUCGGUCCCGGUACCGGGACAGUGUGAGCUCCACGGAGGGGGACGAAAGUCUUGAGGGGAAGGAGAGUCCUUUACACUCCACUUGCUCACCUCUCCACCUGGCUGUGCGAGGUUCCUCCCCCUCUCCUGAUUCGCUGCUGUCUGCUCGAAGCCCCGCCUUCUCCUUCGAUGCAUCGCUGGUGCGCCGCUCCCCGGAACAUGAAGGUGCCUCAUUGGCUACCCCACCGCGGGGGCGGUAUCGUCAGUUGACCAAUGCCACGUCUCAAGAGGCGCUGGUGACGCCCAGCAGCCCUCCCUCCUCCAGGUCUUGCCCCCCCACAGACUGCCCACGGGUUUACAUGAGGAGGAGCAGGAGACCCGACAGCGAAGUGUUGGUUUCUGACUCGAGUCGGGACACGAGUCCAGGUGAUCCCGGCAGUCCGACCGUCGUCUUUGACAAGAAAACCAAGAGACGCUUCCUGGACCUCGGGGUGACGCUGCGGCGCUCCUAUAUCCGGGUCAGGAAGGACAAGCCCAGCCGUCUGUCCGUGGGCAGCAGGGAUCCCUCUGAAAGCCCCUCUCGCUCCUCGUCGUUUGUCCCCUUCUCCUGGUUUUCUGAAGGAAGGGGCUCUCUCACCUCCUCCGGAACGCCCCCCACCUCCCCCAAAGCCCCCCAACCCACAUCCCCCCGACCCCACAGGGCUCAGUCACAGGAGUCGGCUCUCAGUGAGGAUUUCUCUCCUCCUGCAGACUCCUGCCGGUCCUCACACCCAUACCAGACCUUGUCCUCCGACGAGCCUGCAGAUGAGACUUCCUGUCCUGCUUCCUCCUGGACGUGUCAGCAGGUCUGUGAUUGGCUGAGAGGGCUCCACAUGGAGCAGUAUGUCCCAGAAUUCAGUGCGGGAGAUGUGGACGGAGAGCAGCUGCUGCAUAUGGACAGCAACAAGCUGAAGGCUCUGGGCGUGCUCAGUUCGUCCCACCGCAGUGCUCUGAAGCGUCGCAUCAAAGAUCUUCUCUCUGCAGCCGAGAAGGAGAGGAAAGCUCUGAGACAGAAAGAGAAGCAACGAAGAAGAGACAACGAGACCCACAGGAACUGACCUCUGACAGACCUCUGAGUGACCUCUGACCCCUGACUAACCUCCGACCGACCUCUGACUGACCUCUGACUGACAUUUGACCUCCACAAUAAAGCGAGAUAAAUGAGCAUUUCAAUAAAUAAAUCUGUUAAAAUC